UUUCGGAAGUUAACUUGGUAUGAGUAUGAAAAGCCUCUGUUGCUCUAGUUCUAAGGAAAUGCUUUCCUUUUUCUUUCUUUUUUUUUUUACUAAUUAAGCUUCUUUCCACAGAAGACAGUAUACUGUACACAGUAAACAAGAAGUCAGACAGAACUGCUUGGUAAAAUGACCACUUGUCAUGUUGCUGAAAAGCCUAUUAAAAAGGUUGCUAUCUUUGGAGGAACACAUGGGAAUGAGCUAACUGGAGUAUUUCUAGUUAAGCACUGGCUGGAAGAUAAUACGGAGAUUCAGAGAUCUGGGCUGGAGGUGAAACCAUUUAUUACCAACCCAAAAGCAGUAAAGAAGUGUUCCAGAUACAUUGACUGUGAUCUGAAUCGAGUUUUUGACCUUGAAAAUCUUUGCAAAACUAGGUCAGAGGAUUUGCCAUAUGAAGUAAGACGGGCUCAAGAAAUAAAUUAUUUAUUUGGUCCAAAAGAUAGUGAAGAUUCUUACGACAUUAUCUUUGACCUUCACAAUACCACAUCUAACAUGGGGUGCACUCUUAUUCUUGAAGAUUCCAAGGAUGACUUUUUAAUUCAGAUGUUUCAUUAUAUUAAGACAUCUUUGGACCCAUUACCUUGCUAUGUUUAUCUUAUCGAGCAUCCUUCUCUCAAAUAUGCAACCACUCGCUCUGUAGCCAAAUAUCCUGUUGGUAUAGAAGUUGGUCCACAACCUCAAGGGGUUCUGAGAGCUGAUAUUUUGGAUCAAAUGAGAAAAAUUAUUAAACAUGCUCUUGAUUUUAUAAAUCAUUUCAAUGAAGGAAAAGAAUUUCCUUCCUGUGCAAUUGAGGUGUAUAAAAUAAUAGAGAAAGUUGAUUAUCCCAGGAAUGAAAGUGGAGAAAUUACUGCUUUUAUCCAUCCUAAUUUACAGGAUCAAGACUGGAAGCCAUUGCAUCCAGGGGCUCCUGUGUUUUUAACUCUUGAUGGAAAGACUAUUUCAUUGAAUGGAGACUGUACCGUGUACCCAGUGUUUGUAAAUGAAGCAGCAUAUUAUGAAAAGAAAGAAGCCUUUGCAAAGACAACUAAACUAACACUUACAGCAAAAAGUAUUCACUCCUCUUCACGUUAG